GCACUCCAAGUCUCUCAUUCAACCUGUAUCAGACAGUUUCAGCGAGCUUCUUAUGGGUGGUCAACGUUCCGCGACGGAGAAAACACGGUAGGCUCGUCGUGCCGGCAAUGCGCGGCCUCAAGGCACCAGGUACAACGCUGAGACGACGUGAUCCCGCAGGUAACGCGAGCCCAGAUCCCGCAAGCCAGUGGCAUCCCGGUGUGAGUCCUUGUUUAGGCGGCAUCGAACUGGUCGCUCCAGCGAUGCCGUCAUGCGCAUGUGCUACGCCAGCUUCCCCGGGCGUUCUCCCGUGGAUCACGUCCCACCAUGAUAUCCUCAAGGAAGGAUACUCGCAGCGUGGGUGAAGGAUUUGGGGAGAAUGUCAGGCAUCGACCCGUGUUUACCCAUACUAAUACGACUAUGGUGUUCCCUGCAAAUGCUGAUCUACAAGGUUGGCCGGAUUUACUGCUUGGUCGGUAAUACCAAUUGAUUCUCAACUAUCAAAAUCCCGCUAUAGGAAGCGGCAACACGGUGAAAAGAAAACUCAAGAGACGUACCCACAAGGCCACCCCCACAGUCAAACCGCAGAUCUAGACCGCCAGAUCCGACAAGAUCGCAUUCCAAGCGUAAAGCUGAUACAGUAUAACUGUUAAAAUCUUUUGAUAAUAAUACAAAAUAUGCCAAU